GCACCGCAUUCCAUUAGUCCUGUCUGUGAUGCUGUAGAUGCUGUAUCUCGGCACUGUAAACAAAUCGCGCACGUGCUAAAAAUAACUGUUAGCCAUAGUAGCUCAUCCACAUAUCAAUUGAAAUAGUGUAACUUUUUUGUUUUUUCCUUCGGAUAUUAACGAAACAAUCAUUUGAAUUUACGCGCCAACCAACAUAUCAUAACGGAAAUACAUUUACACAAUUGAAGUAAAUGCUUAAUUCUUAAAUUUACAAUGCGUAGUCCAGCAGCAACCAUUUUGGUGUUUCCUUUCGUUAAGAGGAAAUAGCCUAAAGGACAGCUGGGGUAACCUCUCUUUUUCACGCUCCUGUGGACAUCAGAUUUCUUUCUCUUUGCUCUUCUCGUUCCUUUUUGCUCUAGCAAAGAUUUAUCCGAAAGAAUGCUGGAAUGGUGAAGGACAGCUGUUGGCAGAAUGACGACCGCCAACAUUGACUACGACUAUUUGCUCAAGUUCCUGGUGCUCGGUGACUCCGGCGUGGGCAAGACCUGCCUGCUCUACCAAUACACAGACGGAAGAUUCCACACGCAAUUCAUAUCGACCGUUGGCAUCGACUUUCGCGAGAAGCGGCUGGUUUACAGCUCGCGUGGCAGACGACAUCGCAUCCAUUUGCAGAUUUGGGAUACGGCCGGACAGGAGCGCUUCCGUUCACUGACAACGGCAUUCUAUCGGGAUGCGAUGGGCUUUCUGCUCAUCUUCGAUCUGACCAGCCAGAAGUCGUUUCUGGAGAUCACCAACUGGCUGGAACAGCUGCGCAUGCACGCCUACACAGAAGACCCGGACGUAGUGCUCUGUGGCAACAAAUGUGACUUGCUGCAGUUGCGCGUCGUUAGCCGGGAGCAGGUCGCCGCUCUGGCUCAACGCUAUCGUCUGCCCUAUAUCGAGACGAGCGCCUGCACUGGGGCCAACAUUCAGCAGGCUGUGGAGCUGCUCGUUGGCCGUGUUAUGGAGCGGAUUGAGAAUGCUGUCUGCAAUCGUGAUUUCACCUUGCUGAUGGCCCAGUCCCGGAGACUGCCCAACAUCGCCUACGGCCCGGAUGUGGUUAGGCUGCAUCAACCCAAUGGGAAUACCCCUCGACGCAAUCGCAACUGCAACUGCUAAGGCUGUCCGGGUUGCCGGAUAACAAUUCGAACUUUCUAAAUGGAUCCGUUUACUUUUCCCUAAUUGGUAGACGGAGCUAGAAAGAAGCAAUCGCUGGAAGUACCAUCCGGCUAUCCAGGAAACUAUUUGCACCAACUAAACAGGGCAUCCGGUUAU